ACGGCUAACCAAACAUGUCUCCACACACCAUCGCCGCCACGCACGCCGUCGUGCACCACCACCACCACGACCCACGCCGCCACCGCGCCCCGCCGCUGAGACGCUGCUCCCGCGGCGUCCGCGCGGUCCGAGCCUCGGCCGCCACCGCCACUCCCACCUCCGGGGCUGCCGCGGCGGCGGACUCGCCGUCCGCGGCGUUCUGGGACUACAACCUCCUCUUCCGGUCGCAGCGCGCCGAGUGCCGGGACCCCGUGGCGCUCCGCGUCGCCGAGGGCGCGAUCCCGCCGGACUUCCCCGCGGGCACCUACUACCUCGCGGGGCCCGGGAUGUUCGCCGACGACCACGGCUCCACCGUCCACCCGCUCGACGGCCACGGCUACCUCCGCGCCUUCCGCUUCGGCGGCGCCGGCGCGAGCUACUCGGCGCGGUACGUGGAGACGGCGGCGAAGCGGGAGGAGCACGACGCCGGCGGCGCGUCGUGGCGGUUCACGCACCGGGGCCCCUUCUCGGUGCUGCAGGGCGGCGCCCGGGUGGGCAACGUCAAGGUGAUGAAGAACGUGGCCAACACCAGCGUGCUGCGAUGGGGCGGCCGCCUGCUCUGCCUCUGGGAGGGCGGCGAACCGUACGAGCUCCACCCGCGGACGCUCGAGACCCUCGGCCCCUUCGACAUCCUCGGCCUCGGCGCCGGCGCCGGCGAUGCGGCGGCGCAUCACCGGCGCCGGCGGCCGUGGCUGCAGGAGGCAGGCAUCGACGUGGCCGCGCGCCUGCUGCGCCCGGUCCUUAGUGGUGUCUUCCGCAUGCCGGCCAGGAGGCUGCUGGCGCACUACAAGAUCGACCCCGAGCGGAACCGUCUGCUGAUGGUGGCCUGCAACGCCGAGGACAUGCUCCUCCCCCGCUCCAACUUCACCUUCUACGAGUUCGACGCCGACUUCGCGCUGGUGCAGAGGCGGGAGUUCGUGCUGCCGGACCACCUGAUGAUCCACGACUGGGCCUUCACGGACAGCCACUACGUCCUCCUCGGCAACCGGAUCAAGCUCGACGUUCCCGGGUCGCUGCUGGCGCUGACCGGCACGCACCCGAUGAUCGCGGCGCUGGCCGUGGACCCGAGCCGGCAGUCGACGCCGGUGUACCUGCUGCCGCGCUCGCCGGAGGCCGAGGCCGGCGGUCGCGACUGGAGCGUGCCCGUCGAGGCGCCGCCGCAGAUGUGGUCCAUGCACGUCGGCAACGCCUUCGAGGGGCCCGACGGCCGGGGCGGCACCACCCUGCGGCUCCACAUGUCCGGCUGCUCCUACCGGUGGUUCCACUUCCACCGGAUGUUCGGCUACAACUGGAUGAACAAGAAGCUGGACCCGGCCUUCAUGAACGUCGCCAAGGGCAGGGAGUGGCUGCCCCGCCUUGUUCAGGUGUCAAUCGACCUCGACAAGGGAGGGGCGUGCCGGGGAUGCUCCGUCAGGAGAUUGUCCGACCAGUGGACCAGGCCGGCGGACUUCCCGGCGAUCAACCCGAGCUUCGCCAACCGGAGGAACCGAUUCGUCUACGCCGGCGCUGCCUCCGGUUCGCGGAGGUUCCUCCCGUUUUUCCCCUUCGACAGCGUGGUGAAGGUGGACGUCUCGGAUGGAUCAGCGCGGCUGUGGUCGGCGGCGGGGCGCAAGUUCGUCGGCGAGCCGGUUUUCGUGCCCGCCGGGGGUAGGGAGGAGGACGACGGCUAUGUUCUGCUGGCAGAGUAUGCAGUAUCUGAUCACAGGUGCCAUCUGGUGAUGCUGGACGCAAGGAAGAUCGGGGAAAGGAAUGCUGUGGUGGCAAAACUUGAGGUGCCCAAACACCUCACCUUCCCAAUGGGAUUCCAUGGGUUCUGGGCAGAUGAAUGACACUAAGCAUCCAAUCUAACACUAGAGGCCAGGAGCAGUUGACAGUUGCUCAAGCAAACCGGAAUACAAGAUACUGUGUUAAAUCUGUGCAAUUGUUGACAAGAAUAUAAAUAUGUAAAUAUUUACAGUUUCUUUAGCAACAAGCAUUCGUAACACUUUUCGGAUAUCGCUUCACAUGACAGUUGCUCAAGCAAACCGGAAUACAGGAUACUGUGUUAAAAUCUGU